AUGGACUUCCUGUCUCACCCAAAGGAGCACGGCGGCCCCGCCGAAGACGAUGUUGAAGCUCAGGGAGCCAGCCACUCUAACGGGGCGAACUAUACGGAUGAACAGCAUGACGACAGUCGAGUUGCCGAGCCCGGCGGCGAUCAGAGCAGCGAUCACAUAAAAUUUGGAGAGUUUCGUAUGAAAGUACCGGCCAAGAGCUCAGACCUGAACGAAUAUGAAGCCCUUGAUCGAUUCAUUACAACCUUCGAUGUCGAGCGUAGAGCGAGUCUCGCAAGUGGUAUUAGUAGAAGACGCAAGCAACCAAAGUGGUGGCAGUUCUGGAAGUCUAGAGACGGCGAGUUAGAGGAUGAACCCCAACCUACCGAAAUCGGCAAGCCGCCAGACUCAUGGCUCGAAACCGAUAUCCGUGACGGGUUAACUAAUGCCCAAGUGGAUGAACGGCGUAGACGGUUUGGUUGGAACGAGUUGAUGGCUGAAAAAGAGAACAUGUUCGCCAAGGUUCUCAGUUAUUUUCAAGGACCUAUCCUUUACGUUAUGGAAAUCGCGGCGUUACUGGCCGUUGGCCUAGGAGACUGGAUAGACUUCGGCGUCAUUAUCGGCAUUCUUUGCCUUAAUGCAUUUGUCGGCUUUUACCAGGAAAAGCAAGCAGCAGAUGUGGUAGCCAGUUUGAAGGGCGACAUUGCCAUGAGAGCCCAUGUUGUGCGCAAUGGCAGAGAAGAACAGAUCCUAGCUAGAGAAUUGGUUCCUGGAGAUAUUAUCAUCAUUCAAGAAGGACAAACUGUUCCAGGUGAUGCCCAGUUGAUCUGCGACUAUAGUAGACCUCAUGACUUCGAUCAAUUCAAAGAAUUGAGAAACGAAGACAAAUUUGGCGACGAGGAGGAAACUAAAAACGGAAAUCAAAAGGCGAAGGAUCAGGAGAAGACCGAAGAAGACGACGACGAUGAGUCAAUUCAUUAUGGUGAACCCCUCGUGGCUUGCGAUCAAUCAGCCAUCACCGGAGAAUCGCUUGCCGUGGACAAAUACAUGGGCGACGUUUUGUAUUACACAACUGGGUGUAAGCGAGGGAAAGCUUUCGCUAUCAUGACUACAUCCGCUAAGUACUCUUUCGUCGGACGAACUGCAUCUUUAGUCCAAGGGGCUAAAGACCAAGGUCAUUUCAAAGCCGUGAUGGACAGCAUUGGAACCUCGUUGCUGGUGCUCGUCAUGUUCUGGGUCCUUGUUGUAUGGAUUGGCGGCUUCUUCCAUCAUCUCAGGAUCGCAGAACCUAACGUGCAGAAUCUUCUGCACUACACGUUGGUAUUACUGAUCAUUGGAGUCCCUGUGGGUCUUCCUGUAGUGACUACGACGACACUCGCCGUUGGUGCUGCGUAUCUAGCGAAGCAAAAGGCUAUUGUCCAAAAGCUUACGGCUAUCGAGUCCUUGGCAGGCGUUAAUGUGCUUUGUUCUGAUAAGACUGGCACUCUAACAGCCAACAAACUGAGCAUUAGGGAGCCGUUUGUCGCCGAAGGUCAAGAUGUAAACUGGAUGAUGGCCGUCGCAGCCCUGGCAAGCUCUCACAAUAUUGCAUCGUUGGAUCCAAUAGAUAAGGUAACGAUUACGACGCUUAAGCGCUAUCCGAAAGCACGCGAGAUACUUCGACAAGGCUGGGUGACAGACAAGUUCACUCCAUUCGACCCUGUCUCCAAGCGAAUCACGACAGAAUGCCAUCUGGGAGACGAUCGCUAUGUCUGCGCAAAAGGGGCUCCGCGCGCCAUUGUGAACCUCGCGAAUGUCAGCGAAGAAAUUCGUACUAUGUACAACCAAAAAGCCAGGGAGUUUGCUCUACGGGGUUUCCGCUCCCUGGGUGUGGCGUACAAGAAAAACGACGGGCCGUGGGUCUUGCUGGGACUGCUGUCCAUGUUCGAUCCACCUCGCGAAGAUACGGCACAGACAAUCAUCGAAGCGUCGCAUCUUGGUGUGCCUGUGAAGAUGCUGACUGGCGAUGCGAUCGCCAUAGCAAAAGAAACUUGCAAGAUGCUAGGACUAGGCACUAAGGUGUAUAACUCCGAGAGAUUGAUACAUAGCGGCUUGACGGGUACUGUUCAGCAUGAUCUUGUGCAGCGGGCUGACGGGUUCGCCGAGGUGUUUCCGGAACACAAGUAUCAAGUUGUUGAGAUGCUACAGCAGCGCGGCUCACUAACAGCAAUGACGGGCGAUGGUGUUAACGAUGCGCCGUCUCUCAAAAAGGCUGACUGUGGAAUUGCGGUUGAGGGUUCAUCUGAAGCUGCGCAAGCUGCCGCGGAUAUUGUAUUCUUGGCACCAGGCCUUAGCACCAUUAUCUUGUCGAUUAAGACUGCUCGCCAGAUCUUCCAACGGAUGAAAGCCUACGUGCAAUACCGUAUCGCCCUUUGUCUCCACCUUGAGAUUUACCUAACGACGUCAAUGGUCAUCAUCAACGAAACCAUUCGUCCGGACCUCAUCGUCUUCAUCGCGCUGUUCGCCGACCUGGCAACGGUAGCAGUCGCAUACGACAACGCCCACGUGGAGCCGCGGCCGGUGGAAUGGCAGCUGAAGAAGAUCUGGGUCAUCAGCGUGAUCCUAGGCUCCCUCCUCGCGGCCGGCACCUGGAUCAUCCGGGGCACCAUGUUCCUCGCCAACGGCGGCGUGGUCCAGCGCUUCGGGUCCAUACAGGAAGUCCUGUUCCUCGAAGUCGCGCUGACGGAGAACUGGCUGAUCUUCGUGACGCGCGGCGGGCGCACGUGGCCGUCGUGGCAGCUCGUCGGCGCGAUCCUGGGCGUCGACGCGCUGGCCACCAUCUUCGCCCUCUUCGGCUGGCUGUCCGGCAGCGGCGGCGGCGUCAUGCAGACGACGCCGCCGACCUCCUUCCACGACUCGCGCAACGGGUGGACCGACAUCGUCACCGUCGUCGUCGUCUGGGCCUACAGCAUCGGCGUCAUGAUCUUCAUCGCCAUCGUCUACCUCGCCCUCAACAGCUUCUCCUGGAUCAACAACCUCGGCCGCAAGGACCGCAAUAAGAAGGAUACCCAGAUCGAGAAUAUCAUCGGGCACCUUAACAAGCUUGCUGUCGAGCAUGAGCCGGACCCGAAGACAGGCCGUGAUAAGUACUUUAUCGUGGAGAAGACGGCUGCUGAUGAAGAGGAUAUUUAG